UUUAUGUGGAGGCCAUCCCCGCUUCGGUUCCUCUGUCCGCGAAGACAAGCUGGGCUUCGUGUUCGACGCCGUCGCCUUCCUUCCCUUCCGCCUCCACUGCAAGAUCACUACUUCUCACGGUUAUCGUCCCCAAGAACAAAGACCACAGACACCAACUCGAAUUGCUGCGAUCUCUGCUGCAAUCUCGGUGUUGUUAGGUCAUGGCGGCACCGCACUGCUUGUUGCUCUUCAGGUGUUCUACACAAGUUCCAAGAGAAGCAACCCGUCUUUGUCUUCCUCCUCUUUGCGCUCGUUCGCCUGCCCGACGCCAGAUGAGACACGCGCGCUUGGGCUCACCUUCACUAGUUUCUGUCGGUCUCUGUUUCGCCAAGCCUUGUACAACGGCAAGAGCUUCUAAAGCGGUCGAGCUAGUACUUGGCGAUGGGAGAGACGAGGAAGAUGCACGUAGAUGGAACUCCGCCAAGACAGAGAGUGACGAGAGCGACGAGGAUGAAGACGAGGAUGGCCCAUCACUCAUGAGUGAGGAUGAGAGGAAGGAAAUGAGGAGGAAGAUAAGAGAGGUGCUCGACACGAACCUGAACGUCGAGGAGGAAACCGACCCAGUCCAAAGGAGAAUCAAGAUGCAGAAGCUCUUGGCAGACUACCCGUUGGUGGUUGAAGAGGAAGAUCCCAACUGGCCUGAGGACGCCGAUGGCCGGGGAUUCAACCUUGAUCAGUUCUUCAACAAGAUCACCAUCAAGAAUGUCAGGAACGACGAUGAUGACUACAAUUACGACAGCGAUAAGGAGGUCGUGUGGCAGGACGACAAUUACAUUCGGCCCAUCAAAGACAUCACAGCAAGAGAGUGGGAGGAUACUGUGUUCAAGGACUUCAACCCUCUGGUUAUUCUUGUCCAUAACCGAUACAGAAGGCCUCGAGAGAACGAGCAGGCCAGGAAUGAGCUAGAGAGAGCGGUGGAGAUGUUCUGGGAGUCUGGAUUGCCUUCACCGAGGUGUGUAGCCAUUGAUGCUUGUGUCGAGCAUGACCUCGUCGAUGCACUGCAAGUGUCCAUCUACCCGGAAAUUCUCUUCACUAAAGCGGGGAAGAUAUUGCAUCGCGAUAAAGUGGUUCGGAGUGCAGAUGAGUGGUCGAAGAUAAUGGCAUUCUUCUACUAUAAAGCCGUCAGGCCAUCAUGCUUAGAUGAAACUGCUGGCAAAGAUGAAGAGAAGAUUCCAUCGCUCUCAUAGAGGAGGUUGAUUAAAAACGAUAUGGGUAGUAUGAAGAUAGCAAUGUUAUCAUAUUCAGCAUAGAUAGUUUGCAUAAAUUUGUUUCUCUUUUGUUUGCUUGAAUAAAAACUUAUUUCAACAUCAUUUAGGCAGGAUAGUUUGAUGCAAAGUUUGUGGAGUAUAAUUGUUGUAGUCCAACAAUGAACUGAUCGGAUUAAUGCCCCAAGAAGAGAUGGUGAUAAAUUACGAGAGUAUACAUUAAGAGGGAUGAUGUCUGAACCAAGAUGAAAUUGUUAAAUAUUGAUCAUAAUUGUCCUAAUGCAGAAUUUGUUCUAUU